CCUAUUUUUAGAGUUAAAUUUACAAAUACUGAUAAAUAGGUCGUAACCUUAUUUAAUCAAUAUUUCAAAAAAAAAUUCUCAUUUAUUAUAAAAGUCAAUUUAUUUAAUGCAUUAACAUGCAUGGUGUCUUUACACCAUGCAAGUUGGGGAAUUAGGUUCUUUUGCUACUAGAAAAAUUAAAGGGGAUUCAAUAACUUUAAUUAGUACAUUAUUGUUUAACAGACCUUGAAGUAAGGUUAUGGCCUGUAUUCAUCGUUAUCCGUCAAGUUUAAUCUAAAAGUAGCAACAAUUCGAAGAAUUAUUAAAAUAAGUUUGUUAAAUUUGUUGAUUACAUCUUCGUUUCCUAUAAUUCUUAUCUACAUGUCAAUAAAUGAAAAAUUAUCUGUUAAUAUUUUAUAAACAUAAAAUCGUUUAUAAGUGAAAACAUUCAAUAAUCUUUUAUUCUGAUUUCAACUUUGUAAAAAUGCGUUGGCCUUUAUUCUCGCUCGCUUUAAUCGUUAUGACAAGUAUUAUUUUACCAGCAAAAAGUGAUAUAACUGCUGACAUUAAAAAUGUUAGAGAUGAUUUAAAAUUUGUAAUCGAUAACAUUCAACAAUUAAUAAUUCUUCAAAAUAAAAGAAUAUCCACAUCAUUAGUUAGUGUAAAAUCAAAAUUAAAUACCUUUGAAAUUGACCAGGAUGCUAUUUUAUUGUUAUCUAAUGAAACACUCCAAGAAUGUGGUAGUCAAAACAAAAAUUUUAUGGCUAAUUUUAACCAAAUCCUAACCAAGGUAGAUAAUAUUGACUACAUUAAAAAUGAUGUCAAAAGUAUAGAAAUAAGUAAUCAAAAGCAACUGGAUGAAGUGAAAACUGUCCAAAAUACUAUACAAAAUGUGUUAACUAGAUUAACAGGCAUAGAAAAUAGUUUAACUAAUACAAUACAACAACAUUCCGAUAAACAAAAUCGUAAAAUAACUGACUUUGAAAACAAAAUGGCGAAUAGUUUAAAAGAAAUUAAAAAUCAGCACCAAAAUCAUAUGGACAAUUUAAAGGAAGUGGAAGAUAACACGAAGAAACUUUUAAACCAAUUAAUUAACCUUGAUAAAUUAGAUAUUAAUUUAUCUAUUCAGCAAAUAAAUAAAGCUCUAUUAGAUAAUGAAAAUAAUCAAAAAAAUAAAUUUGAUAAACUUGCUUUUAAAAUAACAGGCAUAGAAGCGGAUCAAAAAGUCAACAACAACUUAAAUCAACAAAAUUCAGUAAAAAUAAACAACUUGGAAUUAAAUUUAUCUGAUAUUAAGAAUGAAAUGUACGACAUAAAAAGCAAAAAUGAAGAUGGUAAACAACAAAUUCUUAAUGCUUUGAGUGUUCAAAUCGGUGAUGUUAAAAAGGAAGUGACUGCUCAAAAUUCCAACGUGCCAAACGCAAAAACCAUUGAAUCUAGUUUGAAGACAAUUGAAGAUAAACUUGUAAGUAGUGAAGCGUCUUUAACCAACAGAAUUACAACUACAGGACAAAGUCUUCAAAAUGCAAUGAAUACCGUGCAAGGAAAAAUUUAUGAUAUUCAACAAAAUUCACCGACUAAUACAAGGAUAAACGAAAUAUAUAGAAUAGCUGAUUAUUUGAAGCGUGUAGCUUGUAAUAAUAAUCCGUGGGUUGCCCCAUACUGUAAUAAACAGUACUUUUAAGAAAGUUUGUUAAUUUAUUGAAAACUGAUAAAUUUUGAUGUCAGAUAUAAUAUAAUUUUCUCACAAUUAUAAAAUGAGUUAACUAAUUGUAAGCAGUUUAAAAAAAUUGUGUAAUAUAGUGUAUACAACUGCAGAUUUUUCAUAAUGACCUAGAAAUAACUCAUUAAACAAUAUGACAAUUUGGAACACAAUAUUAAUACAACAAUACGUGAUAUUCAGUAAAUUUUGAUUCUUUAUUUUGACCUUUUUUUAUUUAAUUCAUUUAAUUUAUUUGCGGAAUCUAUGGCCAUUAGAGUUAAUAUAAAAUAAAUAAACAUAUACAAUGAAAACCCUACUUUAUUAUGAAAUUACUGUUAGUUAUUGAAAAUAAUAUAUUCAAUGAAAUGUA